AUGAGGAGCCCGCCCACACAAGUGAUAACUACAACCUCCGUCGGCAGCGGUCAACCUCGCCGACGUGGCGAAAGAGUUCCUUGGGUGGAAAUAUGGAAUUCUGAAACGAGCAGUGACGCUACUCUCGACGAGUUUGUGGAUUCGCUGCCCAGCCGCAGUCGUCAACGGAACGAUAAAGUGCCGAGGUGUACUCUGGACCACGCAACCUAUGAUGAAGACGAGACCCUGAUGACGCGGCAUCCGAUGCGCAGAAUCAUCACGGAGUCUCUCUGGCGACAGUCUGCGUGGAUGGACAUCACACAAUGCCUGAUGCACCCGUCGAGUCACCCACAGCUAAGACCAUCCCGAUGUCCGACGCAAUGA